AUGGAAUCCCUGUGCACAUUGAAAGACGCCCCACAACAAUGUGGAGCCUUCUGCCUUGCCGCACUAAAUCCACUUUUUGACGACAGCGAAAAUAAUCGGCAGCAGUGGAAGGAAACGACAUCGAAGCUCGAUCAAAUUCAUAAUGAAAACCAAGCCCAACUGGACAGGAUCGAAGCACAACUAGCAGGCAUACAGGAAGGACUAACUAAGGUGAAGUGUUCACAGGAGACGGAAAAAGGAGCCGAAGCCAAAAUCGUAUCCACGAAAUUCGAGCGAAUUGGUUCGAGAUACUUCUACAUUGACAACAAUGAGACGCAGUAUUGGCUUAAUGCCAAGCAAUCCUGUAAACAGAUGGGCGGCGAUCUAGCGUCCUUCAAAAAUGAAGACGAGAUUAAUACCAUUAUUCUGUUGACUCCGGCAAGCCCGAUCAACUUAUGA